CAUUAACAUGGAAAGACGCGUCCCUCGAUCCAUGAUUCCAGAUCCUGACAGGUUCUAGUGCCCUUCGUUUGACAGCUGUGCUCUAGCCGUACCCCUUUUGGCCUCUGUUGUCCUUAACGCAACCUCGUGAAACUUGUCCUCAAUCAGCACGACUCAACUCUGCGCAACCAUCAAACAACCAUACACCAUGAGCAAUACAUUCAAGUCGUUCGCGAUUAUAGGAGCUGGAGGAUACCUGGGAAGGCCCAUAUAUGAGAGUCUUCUCGCCAGCAGUGCUUCCAAGGUUGUCGUUCUGAGCCGGCCUGACUCCGACAAGACGUUCGCCUCCCACCCGAAGCAGGUGGUAGAGAAAGUGAAGUUGGAUGAUGUCGAUGCCGUUGCGGCCGUUCUGAAGAAACAUGGCGUUGAAGUGCUCGUUUCGGCGAUUGCGAUCGUAGGAUUUGGGACCCAAACCGCCUUGGCUGACGCUGCAAAACGGGCGGACGUCCAGUUGUUCGUUCCUUCCGAGUUCGGCAUACCUUCGGAAGGCGCACAGGGGUUGCUGGGGAGCAAGGCCAAAGUUUGCGACUACGCAAAGUCCAUUGGGCUUCCUUUCCUGCGCCUUUACACGGGGCUUUUCAUGGAGUCCAUCCCUUCGGCGGGUUCAGUAGAGACAGGGAAGUUCGUGUAUCUCGAGCGAGGCACCGCUCCCCUUUCGGUGACUUCGAUCAUCGACAUUGGCGGUUUCUUGGCACAUGUGCUCACUACCCUCACGCCCGCGGAGCUGCAAGGCGUUACCUUCCGCAUCGAAGGCGAACGGACCUCAUUUGCUGAGCUCGCCGCUCUCUACCACGAAGUCAAAGGACUGCCUGCUGAGUCCCUUGGCGUGGACAGGUUCCGCGCGGAAGUGCCCAAGGCUGACUUCAAGGUGCCCUUGGCGAGCGUCGUCAACGAGGGCAAGGGUGUUAUAACCUACUGUCACGUCCAGGGUAAGGAUCUCGGACAAGGGGUGAUUUCGAAUGGUCUCUGGGAGGGACACAGCUGGAAGUCCGCUAGGGAGGUCAUUCGCGAAUUGAAGUAACGUCGUUCUCUGACUGUCAAAUAUAUUGUACUAUUAGAUACUCACUUCGAGUCUGAAAUUUUAAGCAGCACGUUAAGGCGC